ACAACUUGCACUUCCACUUCCACUUCCACAUCAAUCCAAAACCAAACAAACAAACCACCUUCCCAACCAACCAACCAACCAACCAACUCCUUAACCUUCAACAUGCAACUCACCACCCUCCUCACCACCAUGGCCAUCGCCGCGCCUGCCCCCGCUCCCGAAGCCGAGGCCAUCGCCGAGCCCGCCAUCCUCUUAGCCCGCGCCCAAGACCUCAUCGACCUCUGGAAGAACAAGGACUUCCUCGACCUCAAGUUCACCGGCUCCGCCAACCCAGGCGACUGCAAGAACCUUCCCUCCAAUUUCAACGACAUUUCGUCUUCCGGUAAAGCCAAGGCGGGAUUCCGCUGCACUAUUUGGGUCGAUAAGGACUGCAAGGGUACUGGGUUUUCUUUCAACCAGAACCCUGGCUCGAGUAGCUUCCCGGAUUGGAUCAAUGAUAAGGCUAGUAGUUGGAAGUGUGUUAAGGCUUGAGACAUAGGCUCAGCCUUACGCAAUCACAUACAUGCGAUGGAGAUGGAGGAGGGGAAGGGAGAUGGAGGA